GUCUUUAAUAUGAUUGGCUGCGCUCUGGGGGGCGGUACACAGACUAGUCCUCCAUUAAUGCCAGUUAAUAUUCUCGGGAAGGCGUCCACAUGUCCGCAGGAAGCACUAGACUACUGUUUCUGGAGAAUCAAAAGUGAAAGCAGUGAGCACUGAAACAUGGCGGAGGCAAAGAUUUGCGUGGACGAGGCGCAGUUCUGCUGUUCCAUAUGCCUGGAUCUGCUUAAGGAUCCAGUGACCAUUCCGUGUGGACACAGCUACUGCAUGGACUGCAUCAGACACUUCUGGGAUCAGGAGGCUCAGGUGAGAGCAUGUUGCUGUCCACAGUGCAGACGCGGCUUCACCGUCAGGCCCGAGCUGAACCGAAACACUGUUCUUGCCGAGCUCGUGGAGAAGCUUCGACAAACCGGAUUCAGUCGCUCUUCCCCGACGGCUGUCCCUGGAGCUGAAGGCGUCACAUGUGACGUGUGCAUAGGUGGAAAACGUCCAGCUGUCACGUCUUGCCUGGUGUGUUUAGUUUCAUACUGUGAUGUUCAUGUUCAACCCCACUACGAGUCUCCUGCGUUUAAGAAGCACAAACUGGUUCCGGCCUGCAACUGGCUUCAGGAGAAGAUCUGCUCAGUGCACGACCGACUUUAUGAGUUUUACUGCCGCAAGGAGCAGUUGUGUGUGUGUUACCUGUGCACGGUGGAGGAACAUAAAACCCAUGACACGGUAACAGCAGAGACAGCUCGAGCUGAAAAAGCAGAUGAGCUUAGUAGGCUUAACAAGACAAUAAAUCAAAGGAUACAGCAGGGGGAGAAAGUGUCCCAGGACUUGAGAAAAGCAAUUAACAGAACCAAGCUUUCAGCACAGGCAGCUCGUAAUGAGGUCGAAAAGAUUUUUGCCGACCUGCUAGCCUCCAUCCAGAGGAGACGCUUGGAGGUGAUGGAGCUGCUCAGGGCACAGGAGGAGAGCGAGCUAAGAGAGGCUGAGCAACUCUUGGAGAAGACUGAGCUGGAGAUCAUGGAUCUUAAAAAGAAAAACACUGAGCUACAGAAGACAUUACAGAUGGAUGAUAACAUUGAUUUCCUUCAGAACUGCCAGUCUUUGAAGUAUCCAUCUGAGUCUUGCAUCAUUGUCAGGUCUACCCAUAAAAUCACAUUUGAACAAGUUGUUCAGUCAGUCUCAAAGCUGCAGCAGAGCCUGGAGGACAUCUGCAGUACAGAGAUGAGUAACAUCUCAGACACAAUUAAGGAGGUCCAUAUCUUCCAUGGACAGAAGGCAAGGAGAAAAACACCAGCACCACCAAAACUCCUUCCUAGCUCAGAACCAAAGACAAGAGAAGACUUUUUAAACUAUGCCUGUUACCUUACUUUGGAUUCUACAGCCGACCAUCCAAAUCUGCGUGUGUCCAACAGGGCAGUUGAGUGGGUUAACUGUAUUGAUCAGGCUGUAUCAGACAAUGGGUGGCCUCAGGUGCUGUGCAGAGAAGGUCUGACAGGUCGCUGUUACUGGGAGGUAGAGUGGAAUGGCAGUGGCAUUUGCUCAAUUGGUCUUUCUCAGGCAGGUGAAAGUGCAACACCAAGGCUGGAGAAUGGUUUUGGCAGAGACAAUCUGUCCUGGGGUCUGGACUGCUUCCAGCUCACGUACAUGUACCGUCAUGCAAAUGAAAACAUUAAGAUUGUGGCCCCCAAGUCAGCCAACAGAGUGGGGAUAUAUUUAGAUCACAGGGCAGGAACUCUGUCUUUUUAUAGUAUCACCAACACAGUGCACCUUCUCCACCAAGUUCAUACACACUUCACUCAGCCGCUCUACCCUGGCUUUGCACUCUGGGCCAACGGCUGGAAGAGUAGUAUGCAUGCAUAUUUAUAUGGCAGACAGAGUUUAGAAUCUGUGACAGGAUGCAUGUCGGUCAAACUAAUAAACCUGUGAUUGUUUUUCUCCCUAAA